AUGUUUUUUCACUCUCUCAGUACAAUUGUACUGCAAAAAAAUCUACAAUUUAUAGGAAUUUGUCAAAUUCAUAUCGCAUCAGUUAACUUUAAAGGGAUUUUUGCGAUAUUACAACUUCUUUUAACAAAUGGUGCAGACAUCAAUGCCAAGGAUAAAUAUGACCAAACACCACUGAUUCUUGCCUGUGAGAAUGAUAAUCUUGAAUAUGCACGCGUGCUUCUUUCAGAAGGAUGUAAACCUGAUGUGAUUACACCAAGUGGAAAUUCUGCAAUGAAGAUUGCUUGCAAGAAUGCCAAUUAUUGGUUCUCCUCACAUUGUCAUAAGAACAUAUCUGAUUCAAUGAUAGUGCCAGCAGUACAUAUUGCCAAAUGUCUUCUUGGCAAAAUUUCCAGUCUGUCACUGGAAGCAACUUGCUUACCAGCUGCAGUCCAGUUUUCUCAUCAUGAUAUUGUGAAAGAUUUGUUAGAAUGUGGAAUGUCUGUGAAUCAGCCUGAUGAUAAUGGACGUACAGCUUUGGGAUGUGCAUGCAUGGUUGAAUCUGUGGAACCAGAUAUUGUGGAACUGUUGUUGAGAUUCGGCGCUGAUGUCAACCGUGGGGGAAGCUGGGGAAAACAAAAACCCCUUAAGUUUGCUUUUGCUCACAACUCUUUGGAAAAAAUCAAACUCCUUUUGUCAUAUGGUGCUCAGAUAACUUCUGAAGAAAUGACCGAGCUUGUGUCAAUGAACCUCUCACGAUCAAUCUUGGAAAAUCCUGAGGUUAUUAAUUUUUACAGCAAAGAUCUCCGUUCUUGGAGGUUUCUUUUAGCAGCUGGGUUUACACCAACUUUUCAUGGAGCUCCAGGUACAGUUAAUGAUCUGCUAAUGAAACUCAGACAAAUGCAGAAAUGCAGCAGCUACAAUCAAAUUGUUCCCUGGAUCAAAUCCCUGCUGUUUCCACUACGGUCGCUUAAAUCUUGGUGCCGGAUCAGCAUUCGAAGACACUUGAAGUUCAGUAUUAAUGAUAACAUCGAAAAACUUGAGAUUCCUCACAAACUCAAAGAAUAUCUUUUAUUUUCAGAAGUCACUUAA